CCAGAAGAGGGCAUUCCGAUUCUGCCUGACAAAGUUGCUUUGACACGCACACGAUUAACAACAGCGUCGUGCUAUAUUUCAUACCAGGAGACGACGAGAAUGAAACCAACAUUUGGACAAAAGGUGGAUUUUGUGAUGUUUUACUCUUCCGCGACACUCGCUGACAGCGUUUCACUGAGACUUGUGGAUAAGCUACCGUUACUUUCCUCUGUGCGCCAUGCGCGGAACAGACUGAGCUUCCUUUAGAGCAGAGACGAUAGGGUUUACUUAAAGGAGAGGAAUCUUUGGCUGUUUGGAAAAUUGCUCCUUGUUUUUUUGUUUUUUUUGUUUCUUUUACAUCGUGUUAACGUAUCUGUGAAGUCAAACUGGAUUUCCCCGUUAUCUCUAUGCGCAUAACAGACUGACAUGCAUUUCUUGGAUGUGGCUUUGUUAACGUCUGCGCCUACUGCAGUACUCUUUUUGGCUGUAACUUGAGAAAAAAAGGACGUUUUUUUUUUUUGCAACGAAAACAUGGAUAGGGAGUUUUAAAACCGGAUUUCCCCCCCUUUUUAAUCUGGAGUUGGAAGUAAAUGACAUUCACUCCGGUUCAGUUGUUCGGUUAUACAUGCAGAACUAAACCGGAUAACAGAUCCAGGUCCUGGAGAGUAAAGGGCAGGUGCGCUUUGGAGUCGGCGGCUGCGCGAAGAGACCGGGCUAGUGGAUUGGGACGGUACCUGUCUGUGGAGAGCGCGUCAUGCGGACUCAGAUGUCGCGCACUAGAAGCCAUUAAAACCUGUAGGCUGGAGCUGACAGAUAAGCGGAUAUGGGCUCUGCUCUGCGGCGUCGCUGGCUAGUGGUCCAACUCCUGAUGCAGGUGUGGCUGGCGGCAAAUCCAUCUUUGAGUGAGCGUCCAUGCCCCAAGAGCUGUCGAUGUGAUGGGAAAAUUGUCUACUGUGAGUCAAGCGCCUUUCGAGAUGUCCCCAAGAACCUCUCAGGAGGCUGUGAGGGCCUAUCUUUACGGUACAACAGUCUUGCCAGUCUCAGAGCAGGCCAGUUUGUAGGCCUUAACCAUCUCAUUUGGCUCUACUUGGAUCACAAUUACAUAGCGUCUGUGGAUGGAAUGGCUUUCCAGGGGGUCCGCAGGCUCAAAGAACUGAUCCUAAGCUCCAACAAGAUUACAUCUCUCCACAAUACAACAUUCCACCCUGUCCCUAAUUUACGCAAUCUGGAUCUGUCAUACAACAAGCUGCAGGCUUUGCAGCCUGGACAGUUUCAGGGCCUCCGCAAGCUUCUCAGCCUUCACAUACGUUCAAACUCAUUAAAAAUCAUUCCAAUGCGUCUGUUUCAAGAUUGCAGAAACCUUGAGUUCCUGGAUCUAGGGUACAAUCGCCUGCGCAGUAUCACUCGCAAUGCUUUUUCUGGCUUAGUCAAGCUUACUGAGCUGCAUUUGGAGCAUAACCAGUUCUCAAAGAUCAAUUUCUCUCAUUUCCCCCGCCUCUACAAUCUGCGGGCGCUAUACCUUCAGUGGAAUCGCAUUCGUUCAAUGAGCCAGGGCCUCACCUGGACCUGGGCCUCCAUCCAGAAACUGGAUCUGUCUGGGAAUGAUUUGACCGAGGUGGAUGCUGUGGUUUACCAAUGCCUACCUAACCUGCAAACGCUCAACCUGGAUUCCAACAAGCUGACUAAUGUGUCGCAGGAGGUAGUGGAUGCCUGGAUCUCCUUGACUACGAUUAGCUUAGCCGGGAAUGUAUGGGACUGUGGCCCAGCCAUCUGUCCUCUGGUGGGCUGGCUGAGAAAUUUCAGAGGUGCAAAGGAAACCACUAUGAUCUGCGCCUCCCCGAAGAAGGCCCAGGGUGAGAAAGUUAUGGAUGCUGUAGAGGCUUUUGGUGUCUGUCAGUUAAGCCCUGUUACAACGCUUUUGAGCAUACCUCCAACCCCAUCCAGCCUCCCAGCGCAGACAGAGAACCGCCCAGCCAUUUUGGCAUCGCCUACUGGCCCUGGAAAGAGAGGAGAGGGGUCUGUUAGAGGCCCAACAUCAUCAUCUGUCACUCCUCCUGUUGCUCUCCCUCCAGAGCAAGAUUUGGAGCCUGUGUCCUUCCAUAAAAUUGUAGCUGGAAGUGUUGCCCUUUUUCUGUCUGUUGCAAUGAUCCUCUUGGUAAUCUACGUGUCCUGGAAGCGAUAUCCGAGCAGCGUCAAGCAGCUGCAGGAGCACUCGGCUGCUGCCCGCAAACGGCGUAAGAAAACUCGAGAGACGGAGCGCACCUUGAGCUCCCCACUGCAGGAGUACUAUGUGGACUACAAACCCACCAACUCUGAGGCCAUGGAUGUGCUCGUCAAUGGGACCGGACCCUGCACCUAUACCAUCUCAGGCUCCCGAGAAUGCGAGGUUCCCCACCAGAUGGGCGCAUUGACCUUCUACCGCUAUGAACAGCCCAUUGUAGACUACUGCCAGGCUCAUCAACCCCUACGGCUCAACAUGGGCUACGAGGGACCCCCGCAGGGCCUUGAAGGCCUUGAGGACCUGGGGCCAUGUGAGAGGGGUACUAUACAGACAGUAGCGCUGCCUGCGGUGCCCUCUGCUGCCAGCAUAGGUGCCGCUGUGCAAGGGCCUCGAUCUCCUCCACCCCCUCUCAGACCACCACCUGAGGGCCCGAACACCGGCCCUUUUCCUCCACCUGAACGCACCGGCACACUCAAAUUUGGACGCUAGCAAACUUAGCCUUAGAAUCGGGGCAAAGGCCCCAGAUUUACACUGACUUUAAACUAAAGGGGCAGGUGAGCUGGUUAUUUGGUAAGGCCUUGUUUUCUGAGAAGAAACUACAGAACAAAAAUUUCUAAUUCUGUCCAAAUGGAUUGGGUAUCUGGAACACAAGGUGCCACUAAUACACAACAGAAGCAGAGGUGGAGUCAUUCUUCUUGAUCAUUUUAGUAUUUUUGUUUUCUAUACACCUCAUAGGAUAACCCUUUAUACUGCCUCUUGGGAUAUAAUCCAGCAAAAGUAGUACCUCAUUUCCAAAUCCGGUCAAAUGCAAAAUCCUGGGAAUCUGUUCCCAACAUAACAUUAGUCCGCUUUGCCUCAGUCAGAAACAGAAAUGAGAAAGUGCAACAAAAACAGGUUCUUAACCACAAAACAGCAGUGCGGUAAAAUGAAGACGACAUAAGGAGUUACAUCAAAGCGAAUGCCAGAGGCUUCUUACUGUGAUUAUGAUUAAAAUUCACAUUCAGCAGUUGUUAGAUUCCAUAUCAUUAUUUAAUGUGCAUGUCAAACCAAAGAGUUUACUUGUAUUUUUUCUUUUAAUGCACAUAGUUUUUUUUUUUUUUUUUUCUUGAAAUGUCAGUGGUUAAGUAAGUUUGACUCUGCUGACCCACAGUCACAAGUACAGCCAAUUCUCUGAAACUGACUGGUCUCAUCCUCAUAAAUUAUCAUUACAGAGUUACCUUCAAAUAAGAAAGAGGAAGUAUAAAAUAGACAUUUAUCAUGAAGAUGUACCUGGUCCUACUAACAUCAGGUCAUUUGUCAUCUUUGUGAUGCCGUGAGCAACAACAACCACAAAAUGCUUUCUAUAAUAUUAUGGCAUGUUCCAUAAAUUUCUUAAAUGUGGCAGGUCUUUGUAUAUGAUUAUAUCCAGUUGAAUGAUUUACUAUGCUUUAAAGAGGUAAUCAUGGGCAAAACAAGUACAUUGAUUGCAAAACAUUGUACAUAUUCUUAAAAAGGUCCACUUUACUGAAGGUUAAACCACUCUCACUGCCCCAAAUGGUUAUUCAAAAACAUUGAUGAGUCAAUGUUUGACUUUCAUUAUACUGGACAAUUUGGAGAGCACUGUCUUGCUGGAUUGGCAAAGCUUAGGCCGUGUGCUCCCGUGUCCCCACCACCACAGAGAACAACAGUGCCUAGUGGGGGGAGUGUUGAACCAGCACGUUGACUUCUCUUUGACCUGCGUAUGAACCCACGGGCUCUACUGGGAAUAUUGCCUGACAUCUUCUUUUUGUCCAGAAAGCGUGCCUGCAGUGCAGGACUUUAUUGCACUCGGUAACCCCUCGGCUAUCAUGUCAAGCACUGCAACUCACUCACUUACGGAGCUGAUGAGGACUUCAGUUAUGGCUGUGAUGGACUGUCAAAUAUCAUCUCCGGCUUCAUCCGAGCAGUGCACAGGGGUCGUUUUCUACAUGUCAGUGGUCAUAGUCCCUCGAGUUGUGGAAACAGUGCUUGGUCCUCCCACAGUGCAACUGAUUAAUCCACUGAUGAAACUGCAAGGGGCCAAAAAUUCCCCAUCAAAGUGGGUAUAUCCUAAAAAUAAACGAGAGGAAAAAAUAGGGAAUUAUUUUUGUUCUGUUUGUUAUUUUGUCAUUUUUGGCUUGGGACAAGAGAGAGUUUUUUGAAGUGUUCAAAGAUGAUGUCAAGAAAUUCUAUAAGACUUAUCAAAAGGACAAAAUCUAAUAGAACUUAUUUAUCCUGUAAAUAGUGAAUCUUUAAAAAUGAAAAAGAGUAUGAACUUCACUUCUUCUGAGACACAAACUGCUUGUGAACAGAAGAGGAGCCUUAUUCAAUUUCCAGUAGGAAUCUGAAACCAAGAUGACUCGGAGAAAUGAUUCCUACUCAAACGCUCCUGUUGUUUCGAUGAUGAAUAUUUUUCUAUCUGCUCCCAUCACGAUUCUGUCAUUCUAGCAUUCAACACAAAUUAUGUUACCGAGGUUAUUUAUCAAAUCCAAUCCUUUUACUGAAUCACAUGAAAAGGUAAGAUUGGGAGCGCUGUUCUUGUGAAGUACUUCGAGUGUCAAACUUUGUAGAGAUCCAUAUCUUCUGUUCUUACUUCAGACAUGUUUGUGAGCAUCCUGCAGGAGGUGGCUGUAUGACGUAUUGUUAGUUUCACCACAGAACAACCCUCUUGUUUUGAGAAUUACAACACGUGCUGCCAUUUUAAGGUCUACUCGGGGAGAAGGACUGUGCUUUUCUUUAAGAGUUUAACAUGUGGAGGAUGUUCUUUUCAAUGUGCCAUUAUAUAGUUUUAAAUGUUUUACCAGAAAUAGCCCUAAAAACAACAAGUAACCCAAAAAGUCUUCACGGCUUCAUGACUAAGAAGGGUUCACUUCCCUUCGUGUACAGGACAUUGCAAAAAAAGCAGUUCGCUCAGUACGGUUGCUUAAUAGUGCUGGUGGAGUUUACUUUGUAAUAGCAGCUGUGCCAAUGUCUUUAUAAUGGGAGCUCUCUCAAUUCUAUCCAUGUAUUGUCUUGCCUUGCUCUAUAUCACCCCUGCUAACUCCUUGGCCUGAAUUUCAUGUCUGCCUCUUGGUGACUCGGGUGAACCUGUUUAAUGAUGUUCUAUUUCUGUCCGCAUGCUGAUAUUUUGGGAAACUAUGCCCAGUUAGGGAGGAGCGCUGAACCAGAGACAAACAGCACAGGAGAUAUUUCCUGUCUGAAAUGCCCUAGAACCAGAAGCACGUGUCAUGGACAACUUCACUGUUUUUAAAGCAACUUGUUUGCUGACCCAUCCCUGUCCCUGUAGAAUUACGUGGCACUAUAGGCAGUUAAGCAGAGAAAGAAGCUUGUGUUGGGCACUCACUCCAGGGACAGACUUCUUUUAAUAGUCCCAGCUAAAGCUUAGUCCUCCAUACAUAGUAAUUAUUUCACUUUUCAGAACAGUGAUAAUGGCACAACUCCGUCUAAACACGUUGAUCAGAGCUACUUUGCCAUUAAUGUUCAAUUAGAAACACUAAUAAAAUUGUUGUAUUUUCACAAUUAAAUGAGCUACUAAUAAUUGAUAGAUUAAUCAUGACUACCUCCCCGAUAAAAUCAGAUCUGUUCAGCAGAAUGUUUUGAAUCCUGCUGCCAGCAAUUAUUUAGUCUUUCGUCCUUUUUUUUUUUUCUUCUUCUUUCUUUCUUCUCAUCAGAGAGCUGGAAGCACAGGCACUGCAUGCUAAUGAUGCAUGUUUGAGCUGAACUCCAGGACCGUCUGUGCUCGCCCUGUAAUGCCAACAGGCUUUAUUUUCCUUUCUGCUUUGUUUGUUUAUGGUUUUAUAGCCCCCCAUCUCCCCCACCACACUUUGAGUUUAGGCUAUUGUCCCUAUUGGGAUUAUUUUUCUUUUUGUCUUUCCCCCUUUCCAUUUCUUUUCUUCUUUUUUUUUUUUUUUUGCUUUUGGUGAGGUGACUAAAGGUCUGACGAAUUGCAGUGAAAACUUUCAUAUUUCAGUGUUUAUGCUCAAAGGAACAGCUGAAUGCAAAUCUCUAAAGGGGACAGGGAAAGACAACCCAUCCACCAGAAUAAUAUGUUGCUAUUGUACAUUUCUGCAAACCAGGGAAACAUAUAAUCUCAACAUUUGUGGUGCAAAAAUCCCCAUGCAUAUCAGUAUUAUGGUGUUUUCACCAUUCAUGGCAUCUUUUAGGUGAUAGUAUCAGGCAAUAAUGUUUGACUAUUAAACUUUUUACGGUUAAGUGGAAGCACUAAACCAAACUACGAUCUUUCCAUAAUCCUGUCUAAAAUGUAUAAACCUAAAAACGUACCAGGAGUUAAAAAGAGUACUCAAAAAGUCAAUGAUAAUCUUCAUCCACCAAAGACUAUAUGUAUGGUUUGCAAGAAAAAUAAAUACUCUGGUGCGUGGGCUGCAAUGCAAAAGAGAGAAGACAGAAGGCAACAAAUACUAUACAAACAGGAUAUACAAGAACACAUGGGAAACUGCAAGACUGUUUUAUUCUGUUACAAUGAAGGUUUUAUGAUGGUUUCUGAUGUUCAAGGCAGCUUUACUUCCAUACUAUAAGAAAUGACACAAGCAGCUUUGACCAAGCUUAGUCACACUCGAGUUAAAGAAUAUGACACCCACAGAUUCAACAAAACACAAGUCUUGCAUCUUCUAAAUGUAUGUAUGCAUGAACAUAUUCAAAAUACAUACGCACCGUUUUGUUAAUACCUUGUUAGAAAAUUAAAUCUAACUUGCAAUGUAUCUGCAAAGAUUUCACCAAACUUUCUUUUAGAAAAACAUACAUGCAUCAAUAUGCACACACACCAAUAAAAAUAAUACAAAAAAAAAACAAAAAAAAAAACAUAGCCUGAUAAAUGAUAAUGAAGUACUGCAGGUUAUGAAGCAACCAUUCAUUCCAGUUCACCCAAGGCCGUCUGCUACAUUUCAGUAGGUUCUAAUCCAUUACCUGAUAAAUAGAUUUGAAAAAUUAAUUCCCAGCCAGACGUGGAUUUGCAGCUUUUCUUCCUCUGCUAUACAUCUGUGUCUUACCCACAGGCAGCGACAUACUCAUACAGCACACAGUCAUGACUCCAGAGAGUCAGCACGUAGACAUAGAUAUGGGGUUUAAGGAAAAAAAAAAAAAAAGAAAUAAAUAAGUAGAAAAAACACAUAUACACACGCUAAUGCUCUCCAUCUGCCAC